AUGGUAAAGUGUUUAUGGUGUUAAAAAAAACUAGGCAUGUUAGGAAUGCUUUUUCAUAAGGAUGUUUGUCUUGAAUAUUUAUAUAGCAAAUCUUUGGAAAGAUUAAGAUAGGCAAAUUUGGCAGGGCUUAUUCGUAAGGAGGAAUAUCGAAAUGAGAAGCGAAACUUAAGAUAAUAUUUUAUGUAGAGAUUCAAACCGAAAGUUUAUGAGGCUUUCAUUAAGAGAUAAAAAGAACAAUAAUAUAUUGAAAUCAAUCCAAAUGAUUUAUCAGUUGCCCUAGAAUCCGAUAUGGAAAUGAUUUCAAAAAAAGUGUGCAUUGAAAGCUAAGAAAUAUCAUAGAAAUCCCAAUUCUUGUAAUCAUUUCAGAAUCCAAUUGACCCUGAUUAUAAUUGUAUGGUAAACAACUAUUCAGGAUACCCUGAUAUUUAACCUAUGUUCACCUCUGAUGACCAUCCGAAUAAUUAGGUAGAAUUUAAUUAACAAGAUGAAAUGAGCAUAUUUUAAUUAGAAAUCUAAAACAUUGGGAAUACUCAUUAAUAAAUAGAUUAAUAUGACAAUUCAUAAGAUUAAUUUGUUCAACUCUAAUUCCAAUAAUAAUAGAUUUUACAUUAAAACGAAGAAAUCUAAGAAAACUAAGAAGAAAAACCAGCCAAUGUUUCUCUUGAAAUCAAUGAGGAAGAAAAAGAAAAUGUUCUAUUUAAACUACUUCAAAAAAAAGUAAAACCAAAUAAAGAUAAAGUAUUUAACGAAAGUUUUUAAUAAAAAAAAACUAAAAAAUAAACACAUACUAGAUCACAAAGUAGAAAUAUUAAAUAGAAUUCAAUUAUUUCUGAAACUAGAGAAGAAAAAAAUAAACCCAAUUUUUAUCAAGAGGAAUUAGCAACCGAAGUCAAAUAAAUUAGUAAUCAUUUUUUAUAAACUAAUAAAAAAAAAAAUCCUCCCAAAUUUUCAUAAAGCACAGAUAAAAUUAACCCAAAAAUAAAUCAAUCGAUUGAAAUUUCAUCAACUAAAGAACAUAAGAAAAAGCAGAAAAAGACCAAAAAUUUGAUUUCAAAGAAAACUAAAAAUCUAUAAAAGAAAGAAGACCUUUAGAACAGUUCUUAGUAAGAUCAGAAACCUAAGCAAAGAGAAAUCAUAAAGACUAGACACUAGGCUUCUUUGAGUAUCCAAUAAAAUAAAGCAUAGUCAAAGAGUGUUAAUAAAAGAGAAAAAUAAUAGAAAAUCAAAAAGAAAUGA